AUGACUCACACGGAGGAUAAUCCUCAGCCCUGUCCUGCUAUGAUGUCAUCACAUCUUAACCAAUCACAGCAGGAGGCGGGGCCUGCUCCACCAGCAUAUCAAGUUUCAGAGCCCGUAGAAACAGAGAAAGGCCAAAACGACACCGAGAUGCAGUCUCUCACACAGACACCGGGUCCAAAGGAGAUCUGCUCCAAUGGUGAUCAAGAGGAUUUGCAUCCUGCCCUGAAAACCAUCAACAAAGCUGGAGAUAUUCAACUUGAGAGCAAUAUAACCAAAGCUACGGGCGCCGCUGGCAGCAGCGCUGACGAAAGCCAGUUGUCUGAAGCAGAGUGGUACUGGGGCAACAUCUCCAGAGAUGAAGUGAAUGAGCUCAUGAGAAACACUCCUGAUGGCACCUUUUUGGUCCGAGAUGCUUCCAGUAGGAUUAAAGGGGAAUAUACUCUGACGCUACGAAAAGAUGGGUACAACAGACUGAUAAAAGUCUUCCAUCAUGGGGGGAAGUGUGGAUUUUCAGAGCCACUAACCUUCCCCUCGGUGGUGGACCUGAUCCAGUAUUACCAAAAGAAGUCACUAGCCCAGUACAACUCCAAACUGGACGCACGCUUACUCUACCCAGUGUCCAGAUACCAGCAGCAAGUUGCAAUGGAGGUCGACAUUUGUGCAGUUGGAGAACAACUGAAAAUAUUUCAUGAUCAAUAUAAAGAAAAGAGCCAAGAGUAUGACCGCCUGUUUGAGGAGCUGAACCAAACCUCCCAGGAACUCCAGAGCAAGCGGACCGCCAUUGAAGCUUUCAGUGAAAUCAUUCGGAUCUUCGAAGAGGAGUGUGAAACCCAAGAGCGCUACAGCAAGGAAUACAUCGACAUGUUCCUCACGUUGGACAGCAGCACAAAGACAGACAAGAUUCAAAGCAACUCAGGCGAAUUACAAUCAACAGUGGAAGAGAUCCACAACAGCAAGAAGGCGUUGGAGGAAGAGCUGAGGACGAAGGCAGUGGCUCACAUGGAGGUGGACAAGAAAAUAAGCAGCCUGAAGACGGACGUCGUGCAGCUCAGGAAGAUCAGAGAUCAAUACCUUCUGUGGCUGAGCCAGCAAGGUACACGGCAGAGCCAAAUAAACAGCUGGCUAGGCAUAAAGGAUGAUGAAGAAGACCCAUACACGCUAGAAGAUGAUAUCCGCCAAGAGGAGAGGACCUGGUAUGUUGGUGGUAUGAGACGCAAAGAGGCGGAGGAGCUGCUGAAAGGAAGGAGGGACGGGACAUUCCUAAUCAGAGACAGUCAAACUCAGAGAGGCUCCUUUGCCUGCUCCGUUGUGGUGGACGGGGACGUGAAACACUGUGUGAUCUACAGGACGUCCACAGGAUACGGCUUCGCUGAGCCCUACAACUUGUACUCGUCGCUCAGGGAGCUCGUCCUCCACUACCGCCACACGUCGCUGAUCCAACACAACCAGCAGCUGAAUGUAACCCUGGCCUGGCCCGCUCUCAGCCCGCCGUCCAGCUGAGACACACCAGCACACCACCCUGAUUCCCAAAGUUUCACAGUAUGAGCACAGACGACACACCCCAGUGGGCACGGUGGCACUGCUGAAACAAAACACCGAUAAUAUUCGAGCACACGGGUUUCCGUCUCUAUUUCCACAAAUAACGAUAUGGUUGAGCCAUCAGUCGAGGUUAAUAAUCAGACUGGACCAAUUUUUCAGAAGAGCUUUGACGCUGAUUUGCUCAAAAACACGAUAGUUGCAAAUUUGGCUCUAAAUAAAAGCUUUUCACUAAAAUACACA